AUGGUCACCGACAAUGGCACGCCUUUUGUUAACAAGCAAGUGAGUUCAACCCUUAGUGGGUACGGUAUCAAGCAUCGUCGCUCUACGCCUUAUUACCCGCAAGGAAACGGUCAAGCGGAGGCUACCAAUAAGACGAUAUUAAGUAUUCUAAGCAAGAUGGUAUAUGAGUAUCAAGGAGGCUGGAGUGUUCACCUGCCGGAUGCUUUGUGGGUUUACUGCACCUCACCAAGGAGCGCUACAGGUUUUUCACCUUACUCACUUGUGUACGGGUCUGAGGCUAUUUCACCCGUGGAAAUCACCAUCCCGACAGCCAGAGUAUCAGCUGUUAAUCACCUGGAAUGGGAUACAAAGUCAUGCUCGGAUUGGCGCCUGCUGGGCCUCGAAGUUUUGGAUGAAAAAAAGAGCGGAAGCCGAAAGGAGGACAUCGUUGUACAACAAAACUGUAGCCCAAGCUUACAACAGGACAGUCAAACCUCGAUCCUUCAAGCAAGGAGACCUCGUGCUAAAAGUUGUGGAGCAUGUAAGAAGACAAGUGUCGAGACCUUCCAAGUUUGA